CCUCCCAUAAGCCCCGCCCCAGAGUCCUGCUCGGGGUCCUCCGUUCGCGGCGCUAGGCGACCUUGAGCUUACCCGCGCCACUGCUGGCCUUGGGGCACUGUGUUUGUCGGCGGAGUAGGCGGCCAUGGGGAGCCUCCGCGGCCUGCGCCUGGCCGCUGGAAGUUAUUUUAGGUUCUGUGAAAGAGAUGCUUUCUCAUCUUUAAGGCUUACCAGAAACUCUGAUUUGAAGAGAAUAAAUGGAUUUUGCAACAAACCCCAGGAAAGUCCAAAGCCUCCAACCCACACUUAUGGCCACAGAGUGCCAUUGCAUAAGCCUACGGAUUGGGAGAAGAAGAUCCUAAUAUGGUCAGGUCGCUUCAAAAAGGAAGAUGAAAUCCCAGAGACUGUCUCGUUUGAGAUGCUCGAUGCUGCAAAGAACAAGGUCCGGGUGAAGAUCAGCUAUGUAAUGAUUGCCUUGACAGUGGCAGGAUGCGUCUUGAUGGUUAUUGAGGGCAAGAAGGCUGCCAAAAGCAGGCAUUUUUAUCUCCCUGGUUUGCAGUAUCCCACUGAUAAGGAAAGCCAGAAAGAAAGUGAAGAAACCCUUCACUAGGA